GAGCGAUUGUUUCCCUGCCUGUAACAGCAACAAGUUCACUCCAUUAAAAAUGUCGUUUAUUAAAAUAAAAACUACAGAUGGAAAGAAGGAAAUAGCAAUCAGAUUCAGCAAACUCACCACAGUGGAAGAUUUAAAGCAUGAAGUUCAAGAACGACUAGGAGUUGAAAAGAAUUUACAAAGAUUAUUCUUUGCUGGGAAGCAGUUAGAAAAUGGCUAUGAUCUUCAUACUUAUAAGAUCAGUGUCAACGAUAUCAUAUUACUUAUGGUAAAGACAGUAGGUGAUAUCGAGACUAAAGUAAGAUCUGGCAAAGAAGAGAAUACAAAGAAAGAUGUAAACGAAGAGCAAGAAUUAGAAAUGGAAGAAUUGGAAAAAACUGAGAGCUUGUAUUAUAAGAUUGGAGAUGCGGUGGAUUGCAAAGAUGAAAACACUAAUGCCUGGUUUGAGGCCAUUAUAAAAAACAUUUAUAAGAAAGGAGAUAAAAUCCUUUAUGACAUAUCAUGGGAAUUCGCUAACAUAACUCCUCAAAAAAUACCUGAAGCACGUGUACGACCACGCGCACGACGUUCAAUACCAUUUGAAGAAUUAUCAGUGGGUGACAAAGUCAUGGUUAAUUUUGACAUAGAUAAACCUGAGAAAACUGGUCUAUGGUUUGAUAUGACGAUAAACGAAAUAGUAAGAAAAAGAAAUCGGCGAGAGCUGAUUGGACGAUUGCAUGUCAGCAGUGACAACAGUGGGCUUUGCAUUCGAAAGAAAGUCAAUGAGGAGAUCUAUGUAAUAGAGACACCAAAAUUAUUAACAGAAAGAACAGCGGACGAUGGACAGUACAUGAAGAGUAGUGGUAGAGCUAGACUUAUGCCCCCUAAUUGCGAAGAAUGCAACGACGACCCUGGUGUGGGAUGUCGAUCGUGUGGCUGUAAUAUUUGUGCUGGCAAAGAAGAAGAGGAUACGCUUCUGAUUUGCGAUGAGUGUCAAGACAUGUUUCAUAUGAAAUGUUUAGACCCUCCGCUUUUGGAACUGCCACAGGAAACUUAUUGGUAUUGCCCUGAGUGCAAGACUGAUGAAAACGAAAUUGUCAAGGCAGGAGAAAAACUAAAAAAUACUAAAAGAAAACCUAUCAGUGACGAUAAAAAAUUAGGACGAAAAUGGGGUGGGGGAAUGGCGAAUGUUCGUAGGCAAAAGAUCUGCUACAUGGUUCCCGAAAAUCAUAUCGGGCCAGUUCCAGGUGUGGAUGUUGGUACGACAUGGAUGUUUAGAAUUCAGGUAUCAGAAGCUGGAGUUCACAGACCACCUGUUGCUGGUAUCCAUGGACGAGAAAAAGACUGUGCAUAUUCUAUUGUUUUUUCUGGUGGAUAUGAAGAAGACUAUGAUUAUGGUGAUGAGUUUCUCUACAGUGGCUCGGGUGGUAGAGAUUUGUCAGGUAACAAGAGAGUCAGUACACAAAGCAAGGAUCAAGAACUCACAAGAUUGAAUUUGGCAUUAGCUAAAAAUUGUAAUGCUCCUAUAAAUGAUAUUAUUGGUGCAGAUGCCAAGACAAAAUGGAAAGAAGGAAAACCAGUUCGAGUCGUACGGAAUUAUAAAUUAGCCAAAUUUAGUGAAUAUGCACCAAAAGAAGGAAAUAGAUACGACGGUAUAUAUAAAGUGGUAAGAUAUUAUCCAGACAAAAGCACCCAUGGCUUCCUUAUGUGGAAGUAUAUUUUAAGGAGAGAUGAUCCCACUCCGGCACCAUGGACAGAAGAAGGAAAAGCAAAAAUUGCUUUUCUUGGUUUAAAAAUGAUAUAUCCUGAUGGGUAUCUUGAUACAUUAGAGAAAAUUAAUACAACUAAAGCAAAAAAACGAUCUGCUGUCGAGGACGAGAAUGAAAAAAUCACUGUAGUAAAGAACUCUAAAAAGCUUAAGCAAAUCUUCGAUUUGGAGGACGAGUUGAAAAAUUUAAUAGACAAUGAUAAAGUAAACGCUAAAUUAUGGGAUGAAUGUAAAGCGAUGUUGACCGAUGGAAAACCUGCUUUUUUAAACUGCGUGUCAGAAAGAUUUAAAUGCGUUUGCUGUCUCGGAUUAGUUUACAAUCCUAUAACGACUCCUUGUGAGCACAACAUUUGCUUAAAAUGCUUAAAACGAAGCUUUACAACCAAGAUUUACUUCUGUCCUACAUGUCGAUACUCUUUAGGAGAAAGUUUCGAUAUGAAGAUCAAUCAGACAUUAUCGUCUGCCUUAUUAUUAAUUUACCCUGGCUAUAAGGGAGAACAAUAAUGUUAUUUUCAUAUGUAGCAUGUGUUGCUGAUUUUAUUAUUUAUUCCAAUCGUAGAGUUAAAUUUUGUAAAUUAAAAAUAAUAUU